AUGGCUCACUCGCCCCCAGCGCCGUCGCGCCCUCCUCUUCCCCAGACGCAGACUUCAUUCCCGCGCGACUUCUCCGCCCCAAAUGGCAGACCCAGCCCGCUUGGGCCUCAGUCCCCUCCCGUGGGCAUGAAUUACGCCUCAUCUUCACCGCAAGCUUUCUCUCCCCAGCAGUAUUUCCAACCGCCCGCGGCGAAAAGACCCCGACUCUCACCAGAUAUCCAGUCCCCGUCAGCCGCCCAGAGCUUUCCAGGCACGCCGACAGGCUUAUCAGGCAUUCCAGCCAGCAAUACCCCCGUGAAUAGUGCUCCUGCUCCCACUGCGCGUCCAGCUACUUUGAUGCCGCCUCCACAGCGGCCGCCGGAUAAAGAGGAUCGAAGUCAUGAAGAUAUUUUGGCGGGCACUGGAAUCAACAUCGAGGAGGAGUCUAGGUUGCUGGUUCAGAAUGACUAUUUUGGGGGGAGCUCAACUUCGCAGACGGCAAAAGGCUCUUUUCAAUUCAACAACAACUCGUUGACGCUACCAGGUUCAAGUGGAGGUAUAGGAGCUCCACCACCGGGACAAACAGAUGGGUUGAAUGCAAGCCAGGAGCCUCGGCCGUCCGAGGAGGAAAUGAAGCAGAGGCUUGAAGAGCGUGCCGACUGGGAGGAAUCGAGACACAGUCAACAUCCCUUAUGGGACAUGUUUUUGCUGGGAGGAGCGCUUAAUGAGAGGAUACGGAACAUCAGCAUCACCGAACAUCUGGUCGAUCCGCAGUCUGGAGUGCUAGUAAACACCCAGAAGCAUAUGCCUCCGCCCACAGUGCGAGUCAAUGGCCUCGAAGGCGCUUCUCGUGUCAUCGACAAGGGUCAAGCGAUUCUUGAUACUCAAGGAAAAGGCGAGCGGCUAUCAGACAUCAUGAAAGUUAUCAAUUUGGCCGCCCAGUCCCGGAUAACCGGUCUUCUCAGUGCUUCUUCAAGACUCGCCAAGGAACGGCGGCAGCAUUCGAAAGGCAAAAUACCAGACGAAUGGCAGGAUAUAGCAGCGCCACCCAAGCUUGGGGUCGACCUUUUAGAAGCCGCACCAAGUCCGGCAGGCAGCUCCAGCUUGAAGCGCACGCAUUCGCAAGCUAACAGCCAGCCAUCUUUCUCAAACGACCCGGCGCAAGUGCCUGAAAGGUUGAUUUCCACGUUCGACAAGGUGUCAUACGGGGAGAAAACUGCCGAGGAGAUGCGUCGCCAGAAGAGAAGCAAACGGAGGACCGCCGCGAAGGAUGAAGCUUCAGCUACGCCUGCCGGUGAUAGCACUCUGGAUGCCGCCAGCGCUGCUCUCGAAGCUGAAAAGAAAACCACCAAGAAAGAGAGGAAGCUGGCUGAGACCAAAUUUACCGAACAGCAGCAACACAAGUCGGCGAAUGAAGCCGCACGGAUGGCUGUAGCAGGCAUCUUGGGUAACCGUAAAAAGGCAGGCAGGACCUUUGACUGGAUGAAUGCAGGCAAAGCAGGAGCCAGCCCAGCGGCAACUCCUGGCAGACCGCCGGUAUCAGGUCCAACGUCGACAGCCGGCACCCCCGCUCCUGAACGAACUCGAGCACCGCCAAAGGACAACCAGUUUGGCCACUGGGAUGAGGACAAGGACGCCAGAAUCCAGGCUCGAGACGUGUUGCUUGUCUUGGAGAGUGACGGGCGGGCCUCGCGCUCAUACCUCAAAGGAGUCAACUUGCCGGAGAAGAGUGAUUCUUGA